GGCUUUAUAAACGCUGCGAAUGGGCUUCAGCACGGACCUCACUUGUUGAGUGGUCUCUAGGAGGACAGUCUAACGCGAACCUGACACACCUAAAGUCUCCAUUCGAUCGGCAAAUGACGACGGCAGUGAUGAAAGGAUUUGCGCUCUUGAUCUGCGUCUUCUUCACAGUUGUUCAGUCCAUCACAUGCGAGGCGAACAGGAUAGUCGCGCGCAAAAAGCACGAAAACGACGCGGCGCACCACAACUCUGCAUUAACAACAGGAGUGUGGAAUCAGGAGAAGCCAAAGAGACUCUUUGCCAGGACUCGCUAUCUGUCUCAGCAGAGACAUCAUGUGGUGAGACCUAAGCCCAGGCCUGAAGCACUUUCUCCAGCCCAGACUCCAGCGCGGCGCUGCGCCGGUCUGAUGGAGAGCUGCUCCUCGCUCACUCCCUGCUGUGACCCAUGUGCUUCCUGCCACUGUAGGCUCUUCAACACAAUCUGUCACUGCUGGAGACUCGGACACCUAUGCCCCAAGAAAACCUAAUGACUCCAAACACACAUAUGUAUCAGUGCUUCUCAGCUGCUUUUACUUUAGCACUGCAUAUUGGACAGCAAAUGUUGUUUAUCGUCCAAAAAGAAAGUCAUAAAAAGUUGUUUAUUAGUUUAGUCUGAUUAGUAUCUUGUUCCCAGCUUUCAAUAAUUUACGAUACAAAACCAUUUUUGGUUGUUUUUGGAUGAUGACACAUCUGUCUAAUUUCACUAGCUUCUACCAAAAUUAAUUUGGGCCAAAAAAGUGUAGAGUUCUGUUGAUAACCACAGAAAUGAUUUUGACUCAUCUCUUGUUUUCUUGAAAACAAGCAGACAUUGAUCUUACUUUGAGGCACUUACAGUGGAAGUGAAUCGUUCUUGGAGGAUUUAAAAGCAGUGAUAUGAAGUUUUUGAUUUUAUAAACUCUCUUACAUAUUUUUUUUUCUGUUAAAAAUGUCUAUAUUAUUGGAGCUGUGAAGCUGUUUAAAUCAUUUUAUAGUCAUUUAAGGUUUUAGUAACUGUAGACAGAAAUAGUUAGUAAGGGAUUUUUUUUAGACUGAAAUCAUGUAAACACACAUGUUGUUUAUGUGCGGUUGCAUUACUGAACCAGUGAGUAUUUCAAUACUUACCAAUUGUCUCCAUUCACUUUUUUUUUUUUUUUUUGUGAAGUGUAACCAGCUGUAGUCAGUGUAACCCAAAAUGUCUGCUUUUUUAAAGAAAAAGAAGGACAAGUGGAGAUUAAUAUUUGUGGUAAUCAGCAUCACAAAUGCUGUCGAAUCUGGAAUAUAAAACAAAACUCUUUAUGAUAAGGUUUACAUUAGUUAACUACAUUUUUUAACAUGAACUUACAGAGUUUAUGUUCAUUUCAACAAA